AUGGCGAACAGAAAGUUACAAACUGAAAUUGAUCGCGUCCUAAAGAAAGUUUCUGAAGGAGUUGCAACCUUCGAAGAAAUAUUCGAUAAAAUCCAAGCUACCAAUAAUGCAAAUCAAAAAGAAAAGUUAGAACAAGAUCUCAAAAAAGAAAUCAAAAAGCUUCAACGACACAGAGAUCAAAUUAAAACUUGGAUAUCUUCAAACGAUAUAAAGGAUAAACGUGCGCUUCUUGACAACCGAAAGCUUAUUGAACAGCAAAUGGAAAAAUUCAAAGCAUGUGAAAAAGAAAUGAAAACAAAAGCAUACUCUAAAGAAGGAUUAUUGCAAUUAACAAAGAUGGAUCCUAAAGAGAAAGAAAAAAUGGAGACAUGUGAAUGGUUGAAUAACAUGGUAGAGCAACUUGGUUUGCAGAUUGAAGCAGCCGAAGCAGAAAUAGAAAGUCUUCAAGUAGUUGUGAAAAAAGGACGAAAGGAUGUGCAGAAGCUUGAUCGACUGACAGAAAUUGAACAUGCAGUCGAAAGACACAAGUGGCAUACAAACAGAUUAGAAUUAAUAUUACGACUAUUAGAGAAUGGAAAUAUUCCAACUGAGAAGGUUAUUAAUAUUCAAGAAGAUGUAAAAUAUUAUGUUGAAAGUAAUCAGGAACCAGAUUUUGCAGAAGACGAAAACAUAUACGACGAUUUAAAUUUAGAAGAGGAAGAAGAGCUAUACGGUAUCGCUAAUGAAGAUCAUCAAAGUAGCCACGAAUCAAACAGUGAUGCAGAAGUCAGCAUUAGCACAUCUUAUGAGGCAAUCUCGACGACGAUAGCAACUACAACAAAACCUAAAGAAGAUAAUAUAUCUUUUGCGGAAAAAAUGAAAUCUCCGGCAUCUAACGUCUCGGAAGUUCCACAAUCUCCACCUUCUUCGGAUUCUGUGUAUCCUCCUUUGAAAUCUACAACAGCAUCUCGGACAUUAGCAGAGGUUGCAAGGGAAUCUUCGACAACUUCAGCUCCUUCAUCGCAACGAUAUCUUUCUGCGACCACAGCAUCUUCGGCAUUACAAGAUCCAACUACU